CUACACUGUAUUGAUCCGACUGACAAAUCGAUCGCCGGCCAUGGCACAGGCGGAGCGCGAGCGCAUGAGCGUGGUAAUGUUCCCGUGGCUGGCGCACGGCCACAUCAACCCGUACCUCGAGCUAGCCAGGCGCCUCACCGCCGUCACCUCCCACCUCGACGUCGUCGUCCACCUCGUCUCCACGCCGGCCAACCUCGCGCCCCUCGCUUGCCACCAGACGGACAGGAUCAACCUCGUCUCGCUCCACCUCCCCUCGCUCCCGGACCUCCCGCCCGCGCUGCACACCACCAAGCGCCUCCCGGCCCGCCUCAUGCCGGCCCUCAAGCGCUCCUGCGACCUCGCCGCGCCCCGCUUCGGCGCGCUGCUCGACGGCCUCCGCCCGCGCCCGGACGUCCUCCUCUAUGACUUCAUCCAGCCGUGGGCGCCGCUCGAGGCCGCCGCGCGCGGGGUGCCGGCCGUGCACUUUAGCACGUGCAGCGCCGCCGCCACGGCCUUCUUCGCCCACUGCCUCCAUAACGAGCGCGUCCCCCGCGCGUUCCCGUUCGAGGCCAUCAGCCUCGGCGGCCCCGACGAGGACGCCAAGUACACCGCGCUGCUCGCCAUCCGCUGCGACGGCGGCACCGCGCUCGUGCCCGACCCACUGCGGGUGGAGCUCGGUGCUGGAUCCAUGGCGGCGGGCGUUCCCAUGGUGGCGAGCCAGAAGUUCUGGAGCCGGCUGUUCUACCUCAAGGCCCAAACCGCCUACGGCUACCUGCGAGCCUGCGGCGCCGCCUCCAUCUACUCGCGCUCGUCCACACCCUUCCCGAGGAUCCCGACGGUCAACUCGGUGAAGAAGUGGCAGACGACGUUCUUCUACGUGAAGAGCGCGAACCCGGGGUUCGACUGGGUGAAUCUGCUGGAUUACAACCCGGAGCCGCCGACUGCCCGGCUCAACUAG